ACUGUAUUGGUGUCACUGGAGAUGUCAGUGACACCAAUGAUAAGUGCAAAAAAAAGCACUGAUACUGUACUAAUGGCACUAGCGAGGAAGGGGUUAACAUUUGGAGGCAAUCAAAGGAUUAACUGUAUGAUAGGAGUGUUUUAUUAGGGGGCAGGGGUCUGUGCUUCACUGUAAGCACACUGAUCGGGAUGGCUGUGCUCAGCAUUCCCGAUCAGUGUGCCCAAACUGACAGGGAGGAGGGCUGCAUUGUAAACAAUGCAGCUCUCCUCCCUGUCAGUGUUUGCCGGUAAUCA